CUUUGAACUUAUUUUUUAUUCAUCUUUCACUUUUAAAGUUGCGAGGAAAGUUGAGCCUUAUGACGAUGACAAGUACGCUGUUUCAUGUUGGUUUUGUUUUGAUCAUAUCAAUAGCGCAGAUUGCUAGUGAAAAAUGUGAUCCAGAAGAGAUAACUAAUUCUGGCUUAUGUGCUGACAUUGUGUUUGGCUUCGAUACUUCCUGCAGCAUAAAUGGAUCAACAAAAGAAGAAAUGAAACAAUUCGCUCUGGAGUUUGUCGACCGAUUUAGUGAGCGUAUAGGCAUGCCAGAUUCGGAAAACAAAGCUACUUUUACCCAAUUUGGCUUGCUGAGGUUUGACAUCAGUGCAUCAAAGGUUUUUGGCUUUGGGGAAGCUCCAACAUCUGAUGAAGUCGAGGCUGAAAUUGAUGAAUUUGAUUAUGCGGAAGUCGACUGUAAAACAAUAACUCACUUGGCUCUCGAACUAGCAAAAACAGACUUUUUCGAAUCAGAUAAAGUCGACACGAGAACUCCAAAUAUUCUCAUCCUGCUAACAGACGGCCGAACGCAACCACAGAAAUUCAUCGAUGAAAUGAACAGAGCACGUGCCGAACUAAAUAUCAACAACACCUAUGUUUUAGUAGUACAAGUUCCAAACAAGAACGACAAGACUGACGAGAUGCUGACAACAGAGCAACUGCUGGUCUUAGCUCCAUUAGACGAGGAUAGGUUUACAUACGACUCAACAGUUGACAUUGAAGUUCUUGCGGAUCAAGUGUAUGAGAGAAUUGGAGAAAUCGUUCCAUGUCCAGCAUGCGUUUCUGAGGAUGUUCCUUGCGACGAGGCGGAUCUUGAUGUCCUUGUUAUAAUUGAUCACUCGAAUAGCAUUAUAAGUUCAAACUUGGAAAUCGUACGGAAUAACACGAAGAGACUCGUUAACGCGUUCGAAAAUGUCGGAGACUCCCGGAACCCAGAAAAGGGAAGUGUCAAGUUUGCAUUAAUCUCGUACAACAAUAGGGUGAAUCCAAUCCUGUACUUUAAUAGUUCAGGAGCUAGCACAAAAGAGGGCACUCUUGAAGCGAUAGACAAUGCGGACUUGUCUCAAGCCAAAGACACACGCACCGAUUUAGCCCUCAAAUUUGCCGAUGAAACCAUAUUUAACCAGGAUUAUGGUGAUCGAAAAGAAGCGCAAAACGUAAUUGUUAUUUUUACUGACGGUCGAACCAUGAAGGCAAAGUUUCAGAACAAUACAAUUAAAGUGGCACAGAAGAUAAAAGAACGGAUGGAUGGGCCAAACAGCACAAGCGUUGAAAUAUUUUUGUUGGGACUACCAGGUGCCAACGUUGAAAAAAACAGAGUGCAACGCGAAAGAGAAUGGAAUCUCAUUCCUUCACAACCUUUAGAUAAACAUUUUGAAGAAUUUAAAACUUUCACAGAAAUUGAGUUCUUCAUCGCAGAAGUAACUCGACGAAUUUGUAAUAUUGCUUAAUCUGAUUUGCUGAAAUUUCUCCAUGUAGUAAAAACGACAAAAUCAUUGAAUAUAAACCUUAAGAUAACAUCUGCGUAUAACCACAUUUUCUCUCUGUUAUUUGUAAGUUGCUAAUUUAUUAUAAAUUGUUUUGAACUAGUCUACAUUUUCGGUAAACGGGUCAAGUUAGAAAAUAUUGCAAGUUUGAAAGGCCUAUUUGAUAUAUACUUAAAGGUUUAAAGUACAUAUAAUCAGAGGGGUGACACAAUUAUAAGCAACAGCGUUUACCUUGUACCAAUGUAUUCUUUACCAACCUUAACAUAUUAAACAAUAAAAUGAUUUCAAA